AUGCCCUCCCACUCCUCCCUGACCUCGUCCGAAAAGUCCCUCAUCAAGAAACACGCGCCCACUUCCUCGGGCGACAAGAUCCACUCUGCCGCCAUCGGACGGAUCUACUACGCCUUUCCCGACCCGACGAAAUGGAGUUACAGCGGGAUCAGUGGAGCGGUCGUGUUUGGGUGGGGACAGGCGGGCGGGUGGUUGAAGGUUGUGGAUUUGGCGGGAACGAGGGGCGUCGUUUGGCAGCACACGGUCGUCGAGGACAUGCCUUACUACCAGGACCGCACUUUCUUCCACACCUUUCCCUCGGACGACUGCAUGAUCGGGAUCGCCUUCUCCUCGGAAUCAGAAGCGGCAGACCUCUUCAAAAAGAUCUCUCUCCGUCACAAAUACGCCUCCAAGUUCUCCUCCUCCUCCUCCGCUCCCUCCUCGUCCAAAACCACCUCCUCUUCGCCGUCCAAAAAGAAGAAGAAAGGCGGGAUUGACAAGAGCAUGAUUGGCGCCCCUACUGGGUUCAGCCAUGUCGCGCAUAUGGGGUUCGAUAGUGAGAAGGGAUUUUCGAGUAGGAACAUCGAUCCGAGUUGGGAGAGGUUGUUUCAGCAGCUUGAGAGUCAGGGGAUCAGUCGGGACCAAAUCGAGAAGAACGAGCAUUUCAUCCGCAACUUCGUCGAAGGCUCAGGUGGCCCAACCGCUUCCGUCCCUCCCUCUCGCACCUCCGCGCCCUCCGCUCCUCCUCCUCCUCCCCCUCCCUUGAAUGGCCCACCUUCACGCGCUCCGCCUCCCCCGGCGCCAGCGAGCUCGAAGCGUGUCCCACCGCCCGCGCCACCUUCGCGCGCUCCAGGCGGAGGAGGCGCAACGGCGCACGCAGUGAAGCGCAAACCUCCCCCUCCUCCUUCACGUGGCGCACCAGCACCAGCACCUGCCGCACCAUCAAGCGCUCCUCCGCCACCGCCUCCUCCUCCUCCGGGUGGCGCACCGCCAAGCCGAAGCGCACCUCCUCAACCUCCCUCUCGAACAAGCGCGCCGAGUCCUCCGCCUCCGCCGCCGCCUCCUCCUCCUCCGGGUGGCGCAGCCCCUCCACCACCGCCUCCGCCUAUCGCUGCAGGAGGAGGGGACGAGAGGGGAGCGUUGUUGGCGAGUAUUCAGGGGAUGGGGGUCAACAAAUUGAAGAAGACGGACAAAUCAGCGAUCGAGAACGCCGGUUCGCUAGCAGCGAUGGGCAUCGUAGGCGCCGGCGUCGCAGGAGCCGCUUCCAUCGCCGUUGCUUCCUCUGCGCCUGCAGCGGAUAGUGGAGGCGGGGACUUGGCGAGUGCGCUUGCUGCGGCUUUGAGUCAGAGGAAGGGGAAUAUGGGUGGGGAGAGCGAUGAGGAGGGAGAAGGGAGCGAUGAUGAGGAUUGGUGA